AUGUUUUCAACGUUCAAAUAUUGUGCAAUAGACUACGUAUAUGAGACUGUAGUUAGAAAGAAGUUCUGCAGAGAUGCUUUUUUGCUUCGAAUCCCUUCAUGUUUAUAUCAAGAUGGAAAUUAUCAUGCAGGAGUUAUUGAUAAUAAAUUUAGGGUGCCAUGGAUGAGAGUCUCAGCUCUUUUAGUUCGAGGAAUGACAGAUAGCUCAAUCUUGGAUCACUGGAAAGCAAGUCUCUUUGUGGAGGAGUUCCUUGAGAAAAAAACAGUUAGAGGAAUGGUGACCCAGAUUAACUGUGAAUUUGAGGAUGUUGUUCCAAGUUCCAACGCAAACUCCCAAAAUGAAGUUGAGGAAGCCCUCUUACACACUUACAAGGACUACAGUGAAGUCUUCACACCCAUCAGCUGUUUAGAAAAAUGUCCAUUACUUCAAGCAAAGAACCAAGAUUUGUUUAUUGAUGAAGAAAUAAUUUUUGCCUAUAAAAGUUACCUACCAACCUUGCAUACUCUGUUGAGUAGGCUCAAACUGUUUUUGCUGAAGGACCCCCUUUUAGAUUUCAAAGAACAGGCCUUCACAGAAGCUAAUUUUUUCAGUGAACGUUUCCCUUUCCAAGGAGGUCGGAAAGGUCUUGUGAAAGAAGCUUUUUACGUGGAUAAAGAGAACUUUUGUCAGGAGAAGCUAGAAGAUACAGUAGGUUUAAAUGAACCGUCAAUUUUGCCUGAGUGUGAAUUCUUAAUAUCUACAAGCUUCAAACAAGUUGAUAUUCCAUCACUUUCAGAGCCAAAGGAGUCAUUAAACUUAAUGCCAGAAAUAAUAAAUUAUGUUGAUGAAAGUGAAGAGCUUCUCGAAAGAGAUCUUACUACCAAGCAUGGAAUUGAGGAUAUAAAAUGCAGCUCCACAGAGAUUUUGGCCAUUCAAAGCCAAUAUCAACCAGAACGCAGUGAACCAGAGUACAGUGAACCAGAAGAGUUAGAAAUACCAUUAACUUAUCUACACCUAAAAGAAACCCAACAUUUUUCUGUCAAUUCAUUAUGUACAGGACUUCAGACAUUUCCAUGUUCUCCUGCUUGUACACUUAAUUUGCUUACUGCUGAAGAAUCAGCUAACGAAUGCUAUAGGGCAGGGCAAUUAGAAAGCUGCAGAAGCUUUUUGCUUCCAGUGCCAAGAACUGAAGAGCCCAACAGUCAAUACUCAGUUACAGAUUUGAAAAAGAUACUUUCUGUUGAAGAAGAAUGCUUUGUGGUUAAUCCCGUAAACCCAGAGUGGUGGAAAGAAGCAGGAUUAAAUCUGACAGUGACAGAAUCUUUGGAACCUCUGACUACACGUCUGUGUCAUCAUGAUCUAUCCUCUAAUGAUACUAAAGAGGAGAUAUUUUUGCCUACAAAAGUGCUUCAUUUAGAAGAAUGGCUAGACCACAAAAGUUGUUCCUCACCUAUUGCACUUAUUAAUGAGGAAUCUACAAAUGAUAAUUUAUCACCUCCACAAAAAAGUCCACCUCUGGCAAAAGAAGUACCAGACCUGUGUCUUUCUGAUGAAAAUAUCUCUGUUAAAAGUCCAACAAGAGAAGAAAAAACAAAGAAUGAUCAAGAACUAGCUUGUAGAUUAGUCCAAACUAAAGAAAAUAAAGAUUACUUGGAACUUGACUGCACAGUAAUAUCUACUGAAUCAUCUCCCUCUUCAAACAUUGAAAAAGCAUCUUUUAAACAUGGUAAAAAAUGGGAGAAUGAUUUGGACCCUUUGAGCAACUUUAUUAUGCUGCGAAAUAAACAUAAAACUUGCACCUCAAAGACUGAAGUCAUAGACAUUGAUGAAAAAGAUGAUAAAGAAGACCAUUCUUUAACUCUUCAAGAAGAAAGCCCUAUUGUUUGUACUAAUAAAACUCCAGAGAAAAUAAAUCAGGAAAGGCGAGCAGAUGAUGUCAUUGAAAUUCAAGCAUCAGAUAGCCAGUGCCAAGCAUACUGUCUCUUAGAAGCAGCAGCUACUCCUAUCUUAGCAAAACUUGGACGCCUCUGUACUCUUCCUGUUGCUAAUUGGAAAUUUGCCACUGUUAUUUUUGACCAAACAAGGUUCCUCUUAAAGGAACAAGAAAAAGUAAUAAGUGAUGCUCUUCACCAAGGUACGAAUGAUGAAAAAGAAAUGACGUUCAAGCAUGCCGCUCUCUUACACCUUCUGGUAACAAGUAGAGAUGUCCUUUUAACAUGUAGCUUGGACACAGCACUGGGAUAUUUGUCAAAUGCAAAAGAUGUCUACAAAAGUAUUUUAGGCUCCUAUUUGGAUGACAUUUGGAGACAGCUGAAGAUUGUACAGUUUAUUAGGGAAAAAAAGCCCGAAACCAACUACAGAAUACAAGAAUUGCAAUGUCAGAUAUUAAAUUGGAUGCAAAGUGAACAGCAAAUUAAGGUGCUGAUUAUAAUAAGAAUGGACUCGGAUGGUGAAACACAUUUGCUCAUUGAAAUCCUUAACAAAAUGGAAGGUUUAAAGUUGACUGUCUUACAUUCAAACAAAAGAAAAGAUUUUCUGGAAUCUGAAGGUGUUUUAAAUGGAGAAAGUUCCUGUGUAGUUGUACAUAAUCGGUAUAUUGGACCAGAUUUCCCCUGGAGUAAUUUCUCAUUUGUGGUGGAAUACAACUAUUUAGAAAACUCUUGUUGGACCAAACACUGCGAAAAAUUGAAUAUUCCAUACACGGCCUUUAAAGUGAUUCUUCCAGACACAGUUUUAAAGAGAAGCACCUUGCUGGAUAGUUUUAGUGGUUUUCUUUUGGAAAUUCAGAUUCCUUAUGUGUUUUUUGCAUCUGAAGGACUUCUUAAUACUCCACAAAUACUUCAGUUGCUAGAAUCCAACUAUAAUAUCACAUUAGUGGAGAGAUGUUGCAGUGAGUCAUUGAAACUCUUUGGCAGUACAGAGUGUUAUGUAGUGGUGACAAUUGAUGAAUGCACUGCUGUAAUUUUGCAGGACCUAGAAGAGUUGAAUUGUGAGAAGGCAUCAGACAAUAUCAUUAUGAGACUGAUGGCAUUAUCAUUCCAGUACAGCUAUUGUUGGUUAAUUUUGUAUACCAAAAAACCACUAAACUCAGAAUAUCAUCUUACAGAAAAGACACUUCAUCACCUAGCACUGAUUUAUGCAGCUUUGGUUUCAUUUGGGCUAAAAUCGGAAGAACUGGAUGUAAAGCUUAUAAUUGCCCCAGGAGUAGAAGAGACUGCACUGAUAAUUCGACAAAUUGCUGACCACAAUUUAAUGACCUCGAAGAGAGAUCCUCAUGAAUGGUUGGAUAAAUCCUGGCUUGAAGUUUCACCAUCUAAGGAAGAAACUUACUUACUUGAUUUUCCAUGUAUUAAUCCAUUGGUGGCUCAGCUCAUGUUAAAUAAAGGACCUUCGCUGCAGUGGAUAUUAUUAGCAACUCUUUGUCAACUUCAGGAACUCCUACCUGAAGUUCCAGAAAAAGUGUUAAAGCAUUUUUGUAGCACCACUUCUUUAUUCAAGAUUAGUUCUCCUUCCACAACAAAAUCACCUCAAAUUUCAUCACCUCAGGAAAACAGGUAUCAGACCUUUACUUCUCAGAGUUCAGCUUUUGGCUCUUCAGAGUCUGUCAUUCAAGAACAUAAUGAAUAUUACCAAUAUUCAGACUUAGGAGAGACAGUGCAGGAAUACACAAGCACCACUUCAAAUUAUAACUCUUCCCUCAUGGAACUAAGAGAAAUGCCAUGUGUUUUACCACCUGGGACUUCUUACAGUCAGACUAGCUACUGGAAAGACUCCUGUUGUAACGCUAACAUAGUGCAGAAUAAUCCUUUUCUGAUUAACAUAGAAUCAAGGAACUCAGCUGGUAACUCCUUUCUACACCAGAAUGAUUCACAGUCAGAUGUCUUUUCUUUGGGCCUAACACAAAUGAAAUGUGAAACCAGAAUAUCACCAGUUGACACUCAGAAGAGAGUUCCUCCUAAUUUUGUAAAUUAUCAGAAAAAGGGAACACAUGAAGCAAAAAGACCUACCAAUGAAGAAGUAUCUGCCCCUAUCUUCUCAUUAGAAGGCUCUCAAUUUCCUCUUCAUUGGAACUUGAAGAAAAAUUUAUGGAAACAACAGAAUCACUCCUUCAACUUACAAUAUGGUGCAGAGCAGACUACAUGUGACAAGUGGUACUCUCAGAAAGAUAAUUUAUGCACUAAUCAGCAAAAAUAUCUAUCAAAUGAGUUAGAAGGCUUCAUAUAUGCAAGUUCAAAUGCUGGAAGUAAAGAGACUGUCUGGAAAGAAUUACCAUCUGUCCCCAGUUUGGAUUUAUUUUGUGCUUCUGAUUCUAAUGUAAAUCAAAAAGAAUUCAACAGUCUUUAUUUCUACCAAAGAGCUGGAAAAUGUUUAGGACCAAAAAGGCACUCUGAAUCUUCAUCUAACUCAGAAGACAAGAAAUCAUUAACAGAUUUCAUGUGCGCACAACUACCACAAUGCAAAAAACGACGUCUAGUGUAUGAAAAAAUCCCUGGUAGAGUUGAUGGACAAACUCGUCUGAGGUUUUUUUGA